GACGUGGAAUUUAAUCCGAACUUCCGCCGGGAGAAACGGAAGGCGGAGGACGAGUUCCUUGACAACACAGACAUAAAGAAGGCCAAACUUGAGACGAAGGCUCUGAAGGCAAAAAGGCCUGGGUUUUCCGAGGAGCGUUACAACGAAACUUCAUACUACAUAGAAAAUGGUCUGCGGAAAGUCUAUCCCUAUUACUUCACGUUCACCACCUUCACCAAAGGACGCUGGGUGGGAGAAAAGAUUCUUGACGUGUUCGCCAAAGAGUUUCGAGCACAUCCUGCCGAGGAAUAUGAGCGGUGCAUUAAGAGUGGGACCCUGACGGUCAACUACGAGAAAGUGGACGUGGAUUACCGCCUCAAACACAAUGACUUACUCGCAAACAUCGUGCACAGGCACGAGGUUCCGGUGACGAGCGAGCAGAUCCCCAUCGUACAUGUGGACGAGGAUCUUGUGGUUGUGGACAAGCCAGCUUCCAUCCCUGUACACCCGUGCGGCCGCUACCGACACAACACUGUCGUCUUCAUCCUGGCUAAGGAGUACAAUCUCAAGAACCUCAGAACCAUCCACCGCCUCGAUAGACUCACGAGCGGCCUCUUGCUGUUUGGAAGGACCCCAAAGAAAGCCCGCGAAAUGGAGCAACAGAUCCGCACACGUCAGGUGACUAAGGAGUAUGUGUGCCGAGUGGAAGGAGAAUUUCCAAGGGAACACAUUGAAUGCAACGAACCGAUAGAAGUAGUCAGCUACAAGAUUGGGGUGUGCAAGGUCUCACCCACUGGCAAGGACUGCCGCACCGAGUUCACACGACUCUCCUACAACGGCAAAACAUCAGUGGUGCUGUGCCGACCCCACACUGGACGUAUGCACCAGAUCCGAGUGCACCUUCAGUACUUAGGCUACCCCAUUGUGAACGAUCCCCUAUACAACCACACAGUCUUUGGCCCCAACAAAGGCAAAGGUGGCAUUGUUGCCAAGACAGAUGAGCAGCUGAUCCAAGACUUGAUCAAGAUCCACAAUGCAGAGAACUGGCUGGGGAUGGAUGGGGAUGCAGAAUACUCCAUGUUCAAGGGACGUGAGAAGACAGACAAUGAUGAAGAGGGAGGAUCCCAGCGCAACACGCCAAGCCCCAAGGAAAAGUCUCCUUCAGCCGCAGAUGCCCCACGUGUGACAUCUCCACCUGCACUCAUUGCCCAGUCGGGCUAUGCUUCACCCAAAGCCCUCACUUCAUCACUAGACAUCCAACCCUCUAUGGUAGGAGCUGAAGCAGUCCCACCGAAGACAAUAAAUGGCUGCAGCAGUGGUCUUGUUGGAAGCGAUGGCCUUGGUGUGGUGUCUGCAGGAACCCAGACUAGUGAGGGAAGCAGAGACUAUGGCUACCAGCCCCGGCUCAUGACAGUCGAUGAACACUGCUAUGAAUGCAAAGUGAGAUACCGUGACCCUAAGCCCAGAGACCUUGUUAUGUAUCUCCAUGCUCUCAAGUACAUGGGACCAGGAUGGCAGUAUGAGACAAAGUUGCCUGAAUGGGCCUCAGAAGACUGGAAGGAACCUGAGGAUGACCAUUAGAAAGAGGAAGCCCUGAUUUUACAAUGAAGACCUGAAGAGAAAGACAGACAGUGAGGGGAAAAGGGUCUGACAGAUGAAUUUGAUUUCAUAAAGACAGAAUGACUACCUGUAUGUAAAGAUACCUGUAUGUAAGUGUAGGAUUCAAUAGCAGUAGACUGUAGGACUGAGGAAACCUGACAAUGAACUGCUACCUCACAAGGUGUUAUCUGCAAAGCAUUUGAGUAAGAAAGAAUUUGAUCAAUAAAAUCAGUUUUACAGAAGGUUAUGGGUGGCCCUAUAUUAGUUAUGAAAUUAAAUGCUGAUUAGGUCAUUUUUAGGACCAUAACUAAUCUGUUAAUGUAAAUUUAGAUCUAAACAGAUGAUUUAAUAUAUCUUGUUAUUGUUUGGAAAUGAUUCAUAUUUUAAAUAAGAACUGUUGUUCUACAGAAGAAAAGUAUUAUUAUAACCAAUAUUGCAUUCCUACAUUACAGUAAGACCUGCAAAACCCCUUAAAUUUAUAAUAGGAAAUGCUGAUUGCAACUGCUAAAAAGUACAUAAUCUGAGUGAUGAACUCUGGUGCAGGUAUCAUAUUGAAUAGGUUAUAUUUUGCCUACAACUUAGCUACCGACAAUGACAGUGUUUUAGUAUUUUUAAUUGCCUGUAUUUAAUGGAAUUAGUUUUAGCUUUAUUUAUUGAUAAAUUCUUUCAAGACAUUAUACAUUAUAGUUGAACAUGGGAAAGCCAUGAACAGGAUAUGGAAAAAGUAAUUUGCUUGCUGAUUUUAGUGUUUAAGUCCCAUAUCUGCAUUGCUUCCUCAAAUAUUUCCUCACCCCUCAGUGUCACAGAAUGCUACUUCCAUUUCUCAUCUAGUUAAUUAUGUGUAAUUAUGACUGGUUUAUGUGUUACAGUCAAAUAAACUUUCCCAUAUUACA